GCCGCCAUUAAAGGAUGCGACCAAUGUAUUCAAACAAACCAGUGAGACACAGCUGAGUGCCGCACAGCCUUUCCCCUUUUAAUCGUACUUUUUAAAUCCGAAGCUUUUACGUUUAAUCGUCGGUAUCGCAAUACUUUACGUCUGACCGCAUUCGGGUGAAGACUGGAAUUAGAGAGGGUUGAUUUGACUGAAUUUUACACCUGAACUCUUCUGGCUUGAACUGUUUGUUGCUGCCUCGCUUAGCCCGUCAGUUAGCCUGACGCUAGGCUAGCUAGGCUAGGCUAAAGGGGGAGGGCUAAAUUUGCCUACCUACCCCCUAAUAUACGCUUAAAAAUUGCCUAUUUUUGAGAUGUUUCGAAUCUGAGGGAGAAAUAUAGCGCACCGCGGAUCAUGAUAAAGACGUGGCGUUUUUCGUGUAGGAAGUUUUUAGCGGAUUCUUUAACGCAUUCCUGGUAAGUGAGUAACCUCUAGCAGAGCUAAGCUAAUUAGCCCACAGGACGCAAACCAGUCCUGCUGAUUGUGUCUGAACGGGAGCGAGAGAGACCCGGUCCAACACCUCCUCACAUUAUCUGUUCCCGGGAUCUGAUAGAGAUGAUGGCUCGCCGGACUGCGCUCUGAUGAUGAGUUCUUGUUUUGUACCCAACGGGGCGAGCCUGGAGGACUGCCACUCCAAUCUAUUCUGUCUGGCUGACCUCACAGGGAUCAAAUGGAAGUGCUUUGUGUGGCAGGGCCCCACCUCGUCCCCCAUCCUCUUUCCAGUCACAGAAGAGGACCCCAUACUGUGCAGCUUCAGUCGCUGCCUGAAGUCGGACGUGCUGAGUGUGUGGCGGAGGCACCAGACCCCAGGUCGCCGGGAGCUCUGGAUCUUUUGGUGGGGCGACGACCCCAACUUUGCAGAGCUCGUCCACCAUGAGCUAUCAUGUAAUGAAGACGGUACAUGGGAGAGCGGCCUGACCUACGAGUGCCGAACGCUGCUCUUCAAAGCCAUCCAUAAUCUGCUGGAGCGCUGCCUCAUGAACCGUUCCUUCGUUCGCAUUGGCAAGUGGUUCGUCAAGCCCUAUGAGAAAGAUGAAAAGCCUAUCAACAAAAGUGAACACCUGUCCUGCUCCUUCAUGUUCUUUGUACAUGGAGACAGUAAUGUGUGUACCAGUGUGGAGAUCAACCAGCACCAGUCUGUCUACCUGUUGAGUGAGGAACACCUGACUUUGGCCCAGCAAAGCAGCAGCUCAGUGCAAGUGAUCCUCUCUCCGUAUGGUUUGAGUGGUACUCUAACAGGCCAGUCCUUCAAGCUCUCAGACCCACCAACCCAGAAGUUGAUUGAAGAAUGGAAGCAGUUCUAUCCCAUAGGCCCCAACACCAAGGAUGUCACAGACGACAAGAUGGAUGACCUUGAAUGGGAGGAUGACUCCUUGGCUGCUGUUGAGGUUGUUGUUGCUGGAGUUAGGAUGGUGUACCCAGCCAGCCUGGUGCUGGUGGCCCAGUCAGACAUCCCAGUUGUGGCUACAGUGAGCUCCUCCACCUCGGGUUCUUACUCAGGAGGUCAGCACAGUCACAUGGCUCAUGGAGAUACUGCCAUCUCUUCAGUCACCCUGACUCCUCCCACAUCACCUGAGGAAGCCCAAGCAGUCUCUCAGCCUGCCCAGAAGUGGUUGAAACUUUCAGCGAUGUCAGGUGGCUUUAGCAUGGACAGCAGCAGUCAUUGCAAGAUUCCCCGCCGGCUGGCCAGCCAGACAGUGGAGCGAGUCUGGCAGGAGUGCAAUAUUAACCGAGCCCAGAACAAGAGAAAGUUCUCAACCAUGUCCAAUGGAGUAAGUGAAGAGGAAACAGACAAAGCUUCUACUUGGGAGUUUGUUGAGCCAUCUCAAAGGACACAGUGCAGUUGCUCAAGGCUUAAAAACCAAAAACAGCGGGCAUGUAGCACCCCAGGGCACCCUCCAUCUGCUGGCCAACCUUCUCAGCCCUCCACCAAACACAAGAUGGCGGAGAAGCUGGAGAAGGGGGACAAGCAGCAGAAGAGGCCUCAGACGCCAUUUCAUCACCGCAGCUCUCUGUGUGAGGAGCCGACCCUGGAGCAGGGAGAUGGUGUUCACAGGCUUUGCCUUCAAAGUCACGAGGACAGCUGUUACCCCAGUCUCCACCAUGCCGACAUCACCGCCAGCAAGACUCCGAUUCUGCACGGCACAGACGAUGAGAUGUCCGGUUCCCCUCAGCCCCCGCCGCUCAGCCCGCACCCUUGCGAGCGUGGAGAUGAGGUGGCCGACGGGCUGAAAAAUUCCUCUUCUCCCCUUCACCAACACUUCUAUCCUCCUUCCUCAGAGCCUUGCCUGGUACCCCAGAAACCCAGUGAUGAUUCUCAAUUAGAUCCACUGCCCUUACUCUAUCCGCCUCCAUUCCCAGAGUCCCUGGAGCCCACUGUAUACAUGGGCUCUGCCAUCAACCCCAAUGAGGACACAACACACAAUCCGUGGAAGUACUUUAGGGUGCCUGUUGGGAGGAACACAGAUUUCCACACGCCUCAACUUCCUGUGGUCACACAGUUUGAAGAUGGUAACAGGAGUGGAGGCCAGGACUGUAUUGUGUCAAUUACAGAGAGAAUGUCCUCUUCCAAGAGACCUCUGAAGGUAUCAGAGGAACGGGUGAAGAUGUAUGAGCAGAAGAAGAAUCAGUAUCUCUCUGCAGCUGUGUGUGAUGGAGACCAGGAGCAAGAAUCUGAUCCUUAUGCUUUUGUGGAAGGAGACGAGGAGUUCACCUUCAGUGAUAAAGAGAAAAGGCCUGGAGUCGAGAGGGAGACGGGGAAGAGAAAUAAGAGGGAUGAUGGCAGUUCGUCGUCUUCUGAUGACGGUCAGGGUUCGGCUGGCAGUAAACCACUUCCCACCACCAGCUUGAUCCAUGAAACAGACCUUGUUGUGUCCAUUAAUGACCUGGAUAACCUCUUCAACUCUGAUGAGGAUGAGCUCACGCCUGGGUCCAGGAGAGCUGCUGGAGGAACAGAGAAGAAAUUUGGUGGGAAAGAACCGAAACCUGCAGCACCAGACCCCCUGCCUUGCUCUGCAGACCUGCACCAGAUGUUCCCAACCCCUCCAUCUCUGGAGCCGCACAUCAUGGGCUACUCCCCUAUGAACAUGGGCAGUAAAGAAUACGGGAACAUGGAGUCAGUGGCUGGACUGUCUCUUCUGGAUGGUACUGCCAUCAGUGGUAACUUCAAGAUGGAGGUAGAGGAGGGUUUCUGCAGCCCCAAACCCUCAGAGAUUAAGGACUUUUCCUACGUGUUUAAGUCUGAGUCUUGCCAAGCGCUGAUCGGCUGCUCCCUGUACGCCCCUCUGAAGAUGCUGCCCAGCCAGUGUCUGCUUCCCGUCAAGCUGCCAGAGGAAUGUGUGUACCGGCCCAGCUGGGCAGUCGGCAAACUGGAGAUGAUGCAGCCAAUAGCAGGCAUGACCUUUCUCAACAAGGACAGUAACAUCCCUAGUGUAGGAAGUGCAGUUGAACAGGACCAGAGCUGCACCCCUCAGACACACAACACCUUUAUGUCCAACAGUGCCCCACCCAGUAACAGCGGUGCUGGUAUACUACCCUCCCCCGCCACCCCUCGAUUCUCAGCCCCGACUCCACGAACUCCCCGGACCCCACGAACUCCCAGAGGCCCUGCCAGCGUCCAAGGCUCGCUAAAAUACGAGAACUCCGACCUCUAUUCUCCUGCCUCCACGCCCUCCACCUGUCGACCCCUAAAUUCAGUGGAACCGGCCACUGUGCCCUCCAUCCCCGAGGCACACAGCCUGUACGUCACGCUCAUCCUCUCCGAGUCAGUUAUGAAUCUCUUCAAGGACUGUAACUUUGACAGCUGUUGUAUCUGCGUCUGCAAUAUGAACAUCAAAGGGGCCGAUGUGGGCGUCUACAUCAGCGACCCCAACAUGGACUCGCAGUACUUCAGCAUGGACCCUUGCUCUUGCGGUUUUAGCGCAGUCAUGAACCGCCGCUAUGGAAACGGCGCCGGCCUCUUCCUGGAGGAUGAGUUAGAAAUCGUGGGCCAGGGCUCGGAUGCCGGACGGGAAGCGGAGAAGCACUUUGAGGCUGUGCGCGCAACCUCGCUGCAGAGAGGGGUGGUCCUUAAAGAGCAGGUCCCGGAUGAUCUUGUCCUUCUGUUGCAGGAACUGUGCACUAACCCUUUCUCCCCCAUCAUCUGGCCAGAGCAUCUGGGCAUCAGCCAUAAGCUCCCCAUGCGCCUGGAGGAGAGGGACUAUUUCAGUGACUGCUACUUGGCUCUGGAGCAUGGCAGACAGUUCAUGGAUAACAUGUCUGGAGGAAAGGUUGAUGAGACACUUGUCAAGAGCUCCUCAUUACAUCACUGGGCCAAGCGAAAUGCUUUUGACAUAAGCAUGCUGUUCUCCCAAGACGUGCUGAGGAUGCUGCUGUCUCUGCAACCUGUAUUACAGGACGCCAUUCAGAAGAAGAGGUCUGUUCGCUCAUGGGGUGUCCAGGGCCCCCUCACCUGGCAGCAGUUCCACAAGAUGGCUGGCAGGGGAUCGUACGGCACUGAUGAAUCUCCAGAGCCACUACCUAUCCCCACCUUACUGGUGGGCUAUGAGUAUGACUUCGUGGUGCUGUCUCCUUUUGCUCUGCCUUACUGGGAGAAGCUUUUGCUGGACCCGUACAGCUCCCAGCGGGACAUUGGAUACAUGGUGUUGUGUCCCGACAAUGAAGCCCUGCUUAAUGGAGCCAGGACUUUUUUCAGAGACUUGACUGCUGUAUAUGAGUCCUGUCGACUCGGUCAGCACAGGCCCAUUGCCAAGUCUUAUGCUGAUGGCAUUAUGACUGUGAGUGAUAGUGGAUUCAAGCCUCUCGCAGAUCAGCCUCUCAGUGACUGGCUCCCGAAAACCAACAACAGCAGUGAGGCUUUCAGCAAGCUCAGACUCUACGCUCAAGUGUGCCAAAAUGACUUGGCUUCGUGUCUGGCAUCCCAGUCCUUGGACAGCUCACUACUUUCCCAGCGAAACCCUACCAGCUCUUCGCAAUCUGCCAGCUCCAGCAACCCUGUCACAGCUACUCAGAACACCACCCCCACCACCAACAGCACCACCAACACUAACUCAGCUACCACCACCACAACAUCCACCUCCUCUUCCAGCUCUCAGGGCAUAGGCACAUUACCUUCUGUCAAACCCAAUUCCAUUCCUCCCUUUGGGGCUCAGGGCUUGCAGUCCAACCAGCAGAGCACCGGUCAGAGCACAGGGACUCUGGGGGAUGGCACGUCAUCCACCAGUCAACCUCAGGUCCAGUCUGAGCCUGCAGAGAGCACAAUGGAAAGAGAGAAGGUGGGUGUGCCAACUGAUGGAGACUCCCAUGCUGUCACCUAUCCUCCUGCUAUUGUGAUCUACAUUGUAAACCCCUUCAGCUAUGAGGAGACAGGGACCAGUUCCAGUAUGUGGACACUUGGUCUCCUGCGCUGUUAUCUGGAGAUGCUUCAGUUUCUCCCUCCUCACAUCAGGAACGCCGUAUAUGUGCAAAUAAUACCCAGCCAGUACUUGCUGCAGCCAGUCUGGAGUGAGGAGCGCCACAUUUACGCACAGCAUCUGAAGUCUCUGGCUUUCUCAGUUUACACUCAGUGCAGGCGGCGUCUGCCAACCUCUACUAACGUCAAAACGCUAACAGGCUUUGGCCCUGGCCUGGCCAUUGACACUGCACUAAAAAGCCCAGAGAGACCAGAGUGUUUACAUCUCUAUGCUCCGCCAUUCGUCCUUGCUCCAGUGAAAGACAAACAAACAGAGUUGGGAGAGACUUUCGGAGAAGCUGCUCAGAAAUACAAUGUACUGUUUGUGGCCUAUUGCCUGUCACAUGACCAGAGAUGGCUCCUGGCCUCAUGCACUGACCAGUACGGAGAGCUACUUGAAACCUGCACCAUCAGCAUUGAUGUACCCAACCGAGCUCGGCGUAAAAAGGGCUCUGCACGGCGACUGGGCCUUCAAAAACUGUGGGAAUGGUGCCUGGGUCUUGUGCAGAUGACCUCACUGCCUUGGCGAAUCGUGAUUGGCCGGCUUGGAAGGAUAGGUCAUGGGGAGUUACAAGAUUGGAGUAUUUUGUUGAGUAGACGGAACCUGCAGUCUCUCAGCAGACGACUGAAGGAGAUGUGCCGAAUGUGUGGCAUCUCUGCCGCUGACAGUCCCAGCAUCCUCAGUACCUGUCUAGUUGCUCUGGAGCCCCAGGCUUCCUUUGUCAUCAUGCCAGACUCUGUAUCCACAGGCUCCGUGUUUGGCCGCAGCACGACCCUGAACAUGCAAACAUCCCAGUUGAACACUCCUCAGGACACCUCUUGCACUCACAUCCUAGUGUUCCCCACCUCUGCCGGCCUCCAGGCCUUUAAUCCAAUCAACGAUGUCACAGAUGGAAUGGGGGGCAUGGAUGGGAUUUUGGACCUGCUGUCAGAGAAUGACCUGGUUGAUCCUGAUCUCAUUAACAUACUACCCAACUCUCCCACCACCUCCCCAGUGCAUUCGCCAGGCUCACAUUACCACCACGGAGGAGACGGCAGCAAGGGCCAGAGCACAGAGAGGAUGGAGUCUCACGAUGAGUCCCCCAACAUCCUGCAGCAGCCAAUGGCUCUGGGCUACUUUGUGUCCACGGCUAAAUCGGGUCCACUGCCUGACUGGUUCUGGUCCUCCUGCCCGCAGGCAAAGAACCAGUGUCCUCUCUUCCUGAAGGCUUCUUUGCACCUUAAUGUUUCCUCAUUGCAGUCAGAUGAGUUGUAUCACAGUAAACACUCUCACCCUCUGGACUCCAGCCAUACCUCAGAUGUGCUCAGAUUUGUGCUGGAACAGUAUAACGCCCUCUCGUGGCUGACGUGUGACCCAGCAACUCAGGACCGGCGCUCUUGUCUGCCUGUGCACUUUGUUGUGCUCAACCAAAUGUAUAACUUCAUCAUGAACAUGCUCUAACUAACAAGGGGUUCUGUCGCCAUGGUUUCACAGAACAGACCCCACUAAAACACCACAUCACUGCACUGCCGUCGCAGGCCUCCAUGCUGUGGACAUGGCUGGACAAACCAACUUCAGUCAGACAGUGCACUUAAGACAAUGCCAGGCUGCCCAGUUUAUGCCAAGUGUCCAUCUCAUUACAAACGGAACCAGUCGAUCUCAAUUAAUUUGGCCUGAAAGUGCAGUUUGGGUCAGGUUUUAUUCAGUUGAAAUGCCUGCAUACAUCUUAUUUAUUGUACGUUUUUAAAUGUGUAAUUUCUUAAUCUUUUAUAUUAUAUAAACACAGGAAGCUGCAUAUUGCCUUCCCAAUUAAAUAAAAAUGGUUUGUCAUGUAUGUAAUUAAUUGUCUUUAUUACAAAACCGACAAGUGAAUUUGCUGUAGGUUGCUUUUAGAGGAAUAUUUAGAGAAAUAUUUUCUCCACGAUUUUUACUGUCACAGUGUACAGAUAAAGUAUACAGGAGCUCAUGUUCUUACCUUUGUGUGGUGUGGACUUUAAGAUAGGAUGUAGCAACAGAAAGUUCUGUACAGCAAUUUAAUGUGUUCAAAUAAGAGGACAAGAGGUACAUUGUCGGAUUAUAUAUUUUAUAUUACAGAUUUAGAGAAUUGUGUGUAUAUAAAUGUGUACAUACAAUCGUGUGCCGCUAUGGAUGGUGCAGCCAAUGUUUUAGGAAUAAAGUUGUAAAGCCUGAAACCUGUGGCCCUCGUCAUUCUGCAUCUUCCUUGAUUUCGAGCAAAUAUCUCGAAAUAAAGACACCAUAUUGCAG